AUGGCAGCAGCAACAGAUGUCAAAAUUAUAGGUGAACGAACACGGCAGCAGCAACAGAUGUCACGAAUACAAGCAAACGAACGGUGGCAGCUUAAAGAGAUGUCACAAAUACAGAUGAGAGGACACUGUCAGCUGAAACAGGUGUCACAAGUACAGAUAAACAAACGUCAGCGGCAGGAACAGGUGUCAGAAAUACAGGUGAAGAGGCACUGGCAGCAGCAACAGAUGUCACAAAUACAGGUGAACAAGCACUGGCAGCAGCAACAGAUGUCACAAAUACAGGUGAACAAGCACUGGCAGCAGCAACAGAUGUCACAAAUACAGGUGAACAAGCACUGGCAGCAGCAACAGAUGUCACAAAUACAU